AUGGUUACCAUGAGCCAUAAGCCAUUGCCACCGACUCCCACACAUCCAGAUUUACAAUCAGUUCCGGAACCAGAUGGAAGAAACUUCAACGAAGCGCCGACAUCGUACCAAGCAUCAAAUCCUGAGUCCAAGCCGUUGGAUAUCACCCAACGGAUCGAGAGAAAGUUGGCCUUGUACAAUGCAUCACAGAAUGCUUUCAAACGUUGGGUUUUCGAGAUCAUUAGCUGGUUCAUAAGUGCUGUAUGCAUGGGCAUUAUCAUUGGCAUCCUCUUGGAUUCUAAAGACAAGCCUCUCAGUCAGCGACCGCUCGCUAUGAGCAUCAACAAUGUGCUGUCAAAGAUUGCUUCAGCGGCUCUCAUCCUCCCCAUCUCCGAAGCUAUUGGGCAGCUAAAGUGGGCCUGGUUCCACGGGAGCAGAUCAAGAGAUAUGAUCGACUUCGAAAUCUUUGAUAAGGCAUCGAGAGGAGCAUGGGGAUCCUUCUUGCUUCUCUUUCGCACAAGAGGUAGAUCUCUUGCCGCAAUGGGUGCAGUAUUGACUCUUCUCUUACUUGCGACCGAUACAUUCUUUCAGCAAGUAUCCGACCUGUCUGAACGGUGGAUCGAGCAGGGUCACGGUGACAUCCCUCGGAUCAUCCAAUACGAAGGCGACAACCAAAUCACGUUUCAGGACGGAUAUCCCUUAGAAAGCGAUGAGCUCAAUCUCCGACGCGUCACCCUGCAAUACUUCUACUACAAUGGUAGUCACCCCGUCACUUUCGGAAACGGAACGAGGCCUGAUAUCCCCCUCUCCUGCCCGUCGAGCAGAUGUGAAUGGGAUCCAUACGAGACACUAGGGGUCUGCAGCUCGUGCUCGGAUGUUUCUGAGCUGCUAACAUAUGGCUGCUAUACAACAAAGUUGGACUGGCUUUCAGACCUCAAGGGUAAAGAUGAUGUUUAUCCGAACGGAACGGCGUGCGGUUAUUGGUUAAACUCUACCAGCAGUGAGCCAGUCCUUAUGUCCGGUUUCAAAGUUGAAACGUCUCCAAAUUCGUCCACUGAAGGCGAAGCGUUACUGAUGCGGAUGCUCCCACUCAAUAGACCCAUCUCUUUGGCUGAGCGUCUAAGUGGUUUACUCUAUGGCGGUUCCAUCCGCUAUAAGGAUGUUUACGCACCCUUUCUAGACACACUGAUUGUGAGUGCAGUAGAUGGAACGGCGGAGAGCGUAUACAGCAAAAGGAGACCUGUUGCAAGUGAGUGUAUACUAACCUGGUGCGUUAAGACAGUCCAUUCUUCUUACUCAUGGGGUAACUAUGAGGAGAUUGUGACCGACACGUUCUUCAAUAACACAGGACGCGAACAUCCCGCACCUUGGGAUAGCACUCCGCUUGUUAUUGAUGGAGCAGAGUCCAACUGGGUUACUUUCAAACGCAACUACAGCAUAUAUCCAGCUUCGAUGGACCCAGCAACAGACGGCUUUGGAGUCUCGAAUGAGACCCAUACCAGAACACAAGUACUUUUCGAAGACAUUUUCCCAUCCUUGAUUACAGUUUCGCACCGUACUGCGCGGCCAAAAUGGAGAACUCGCGUCUCCUGGUGGUUAGCCAACUACAUUCGUUUUUACGAAUACUGCCCAUGGCUCGCACCAAAUGAUAUAAACACUUAUAUGGAAAGAUUUGCCACCGCUAUGACUGAUAGCCUUCGAACACACAAAAGCGCUGAAUAUCUGCCUGGACGAGCAUAUACACAGACGACGUUUGUCUCUGUCCAUUGGGAGUGGCUCACUUUCCCACUCACAAUGCUCUUUCUCAGUCUUACCUUCCUGGUAGCUACCAUCGUCAAGACCUCGAAUGGUGUGGAUGGAAGUAUGUAG